UGUUGACCUGUGUUUUGACAGGUUAAUCCAGGUUUGGUUUUCAACAAAAACGUACAGAAAACAUCUGUAAAUGCUUUCCUGCAGAUUAUUGUAAUAAGGAGCAGGUAUGUUACAGUUAAACUGAAUAUCAACAGGUGGUGAGCGGGGCGCCAUGCUUUAUCAUCUGUGUUGGGCUAGGGUUAACAGACGAUCAACAGACAGCUAACCGCCUGUCUUGCUUUCUCUCGUUUAGGAUUUGAUGUUUUGAGUGUUUGUAAAUGUGCUGGUGCCAUUGUAGAAAAAUGAACAUCUCAGCAUUUUGCUGAAUAGACCUAAAGAAAGGCUUCAAAUUAAACCAGUCCAUAGUUAAAUGGAGAUGAGGCUGGUUUAUAUUUGAAUACUCAAAGCAUGUGGUGUGUGUUUCCCACAGCCCGUCCUUCACCCAGUCACUUUAUAAAGGUCAUUAUAGUACUGACAGUUUUGUUAUUAUCGCCUGUUGUGAAAGGGGCGGGACCAGGAUCGGGGCACGCGGUGAUUGGACGUGACGAUGCGCCAAGUCACGACGCUUCCGUUCUGUGCCUCCGCGCAGGCGCAGUGACGCCUCUCUUCUGAUAUUUUAUUUACUCCCAAAACCCAAGAUGGCUCCCGUGAAUGUCUCGUCCCCAUAGCAAAUCGAGGAUGCAAGUAGCUGCCGUUAAAACAACUUUUCCCCGACCGUCACAACCCGUGGAGUUCAUUUCGUAUGGUGCGGAGGAGGCCCGGACAUCCGUCUAGGCACUGAGCAGCCGUCGGAGCUUCGCGAAACCUUCUUCAAGCCACCAAUUUGGAGUAGUUUCGCGAAGUAGCGCAUCUCCUCGCUGUCGCCGUCUGUCCGGAGCGAGGUUCAGCCAGGCAGCUCAUCCAAAUGGCCGAACCGAGAAAAGUGCAGUUUGUCACCCUCUCGGCCUUCGCAGCUGGAGCGGCCGCGGAGUCCAGGAAACGCCGGCUGGAGGAGGAGGCCGACUUCAACUUCGGCGGAGCCACGGAGGUCGAGGCAGCGACCGGGGCAGCGGGGGCUGCCAGCAACGGUCGCCUCGGCAAAAACGGCGACGCGGAGAAGGCUGUGGGCGAGAAGAGGGCGACGGUGCGGCUCAACCUGUCCCUGCCGGAGCCCGACGACCGCUCCUCCGCCGAGUUUAAUUACGGCGAACUCAUCCAAAACCUCCAGGUAAAGAAAAGUCUUACUUCAGUUCACAAUCCCAAUGACCCCUUCGACGAUGACGAGAGAGAGCGGCUCCAGGUCGAGGCCCUGGCCAGAAAGUUUGAAAAUAAAUAUGCUAACACAGAGGAGAAGAAGAAGAAGAAGGACAGAAUGCAAGAUUUGAUUGAUAUAGGCUUUGGCUACGACGAGACAGACCCCUUUAUCGACAACUCAGAAGCUUAUGAUGAACUGGUUCCUGCGUCUCUGACCACAAAGCUGGGGGGAUUUUACGUCAACACGGGAACGCUGCAGUUCAGAGCGGCCUCCGACUCCGAGCCAGAGGAGGGCAAGAACUCUAACGACAACAAGGAACAGGUAAUGAAGAAGAGGAAAAAGAAGGACGCGAAUGACCUGGAAGAGAAGGACGCGGAGAAGAACAAAGAACCCAGUCAGGGAGUACCAGCUCUAACCCUCCAGCGGCCAGAGAAGAAGAAGAGAAAGAAGCUGAUGAAGGAUUCUCUAUACCUGGCAGCAAUGCUCCGCCGCUUCACCCGGGAGAAGGAGGAGAUGAGGAAGACCAACACAAACAUGGCUCCCCCCGGUUUGGCAGAAGCUGUGGCUAACAAGUUACACUCCACCAACUCAAAGAACCACCUGUUGGCCACUAACUCCACCCAUCUGCAGGGCAACACAGUGAGCAGCGACUUGUCACUGGCUGACCUGACCUCUGACCCCGCUGUGAUGUCGCUGCUAGGCUCGGCCAAUGAGAAGGAACUGCAGGAUCUCUUAGGCGACCUAGACUUUGGCUUGGCAGACACUGAGCAGCAGCAUGCAAUGGCGGCGGCCAGGGAGAAUGGCAUUCUGGGAGUUGGUGUUCCAGGCUCUAAAGGAGCAGCAGCAGCAGGAGGAAGUGGCCAAGGGCGAGGCCCAGGGUCUUCCAGCGGGCUGUUUUCUCCGCCUCUGCUGCCUGAGGGACUGCCUGCUCCUCUUAUUAAACGCAUCGAGGACCUGCGGGCGGCCUCGCGGCAGUUUGAUCAAGAGGGCAGGAAGAAAUUUUUCACCUUGGACAUGAAUAACAUUCUCCUGGACAUUGAGUUGCAGGUCCAGGAGCAGCCUCCUGAUGUGCGCUUAAGCAUCUACUCGCACAUGGAGGCGUUUGUGCCGUGCAAUAAAGAAGCCCUCCUCAAACGCCUGAAGAAGCUCAGUCUCAACAUCCAGGAUGACCGUCUACGGACGCCGCUGUUGAAGCUGAAGCUGGCUGUGUGCAGUGUGAUGCCGGAGCAAAUAGCCAGAUACAACAUGGACUGCAUGGCCAGGGUUGCAAAGCAGCAGUCAGGAGAGGGCGAUAAGAAUGGCUCAGAGGAGGAAGAUGAGGAAAAGCCUGGGAAAAGGGUGAUGGGCCCACGGAAGAAGUUUGCCUGGGACGACAAGCUGAGGACGCUGCUGUGCAGCUUGGUGCGCGUGAAGCUGAGCUGCUACGAGAUGGAGAACCAGUGCUCUCUGUCUGUGGAGGACUACCUCAAGGCCUUCUUAGAGAAUGAGGUCAAACCACUAUGGCCCAAGGGCUGGAUGCAGGCCAGGAUUCUGCUCAAGGAGAGUCUUGCUGUUCACAGUCACCUCACUGGAAACCUAGUCAAGAGGAGAAUGGUGCCUGGGCAAAAGGCCAAAGCCAAGGAGGGUCUUUGGAUCCACAAACCACCUGUCAUGAUGACCUCCACCCCGUCUCAGCCCUCCUGCGUGUCCUCUCUGAGCUCCACCCGCCAGGCCCCCUCCUCUGCCUCGCCGCCGGAGCCCAUCUGUCUGUCGGACUCGCUGGAUGAGGAUCUGACCGCUCCCUCUCUGGACUCCAUCUCCCACGCUCUGGCCCUCCUCAGCAACGCGUCGAAGGGCCUGGGCCUCUCGGACAGCCCCUUGUCGCCCCCACCCCUGCAAAUGCCCACCUCUUCUCCGCCCCCCGUCACCCCUCAUUACCCGUCAGCCUCUCAGCUUUCUGCCUCCCUGGCAUCAACAACGCAGCAGCAUUCCCUCUCGAAGGUGGAGGCCACUCCGCUGGCGUCUGCUGGGAACGUGACGACGACAACGACAAUAACAACGCUACCGACCUCCUUCUCUACCUCCUCUUCACCGUCUCCGGCCGUCUCCUCCUUCGCUCGUGUGCAGGCAGCCGGCCUCUCUCUGGCUUUCAAUGACUGCAGGUUGGUGCACUCAGCCCUGAUUUAUAGCAUCAUCGCACCACGAGACGUAUCAAGACCCCCAUUCAUCUACCUAGGCUUUUUUCCCUUGGCUUCGUCCAAUCACAGGCCGAGCUUGGUGAUGGGCGUUAGUGGCAAGAUGCAGCCACAUCCGUCCCCAUCGCCCCCGAAGCAGCGGCCUCCGCCCACCGCUUCCCCGCUGCUGCCCCCCCAUCAGAAGGGCUUUGUUAGCCCGGCGGGGAUGCUGGGAGCUAUGGGAGCCCCUCAAGGACUGGCCAAGAGCAGUGCCAAAGCCAGCAGCAACGGCAGCGUGAGCAGCAGCAUCACGCCGUCUUCCUCCCCGUCCCCCUCCCCACUUUCCCGCUCUAGCUCCAUCACCCACGCUGUCCUGCAGUCCUUCUGCCCUCAGUCCACGGUGGCCUCCUCGGCGUCCCCCACCUCGCAUACCUCACACUCCUCGCAAGGUAAAUCCCACGGACAUCAUCACCACCACCAUCACCACCAGGCUAACUUUAUCACACCCAUGCAGGCCACCCUCACCAAGUCCUCCCACAGCAGCAACUCCUCUCCCAUCAUCAAGCUCACCCCCCGGCCUCCCGCACCCACCCCACCUCCCUCCUCCUCACCCUCCCCGUCAUCUUCGCCCUCACACCCGCUCUCCCAUCAAAUGAUCCCCAGCCAACAGCAACAACACCAGUACUCCCCCAAAACCCCAAAAAACUUUCGCCCCCCGUUUAGCGUGUCGGGCGGCGGGCAGGUGAAGCAGACGCAGGGACACUUCAGUUUCGCUGGAGGCCAGAAAGCUCAGUCCACGACGAGCACCAGUAGCAGCCUCAUCAACAACUCCAUCCUCAGCAAGGGGGUUAUUUCCACCGUGUGCAGUCGCCCGGACAGGGCGCCCCUGUCGUCGGCGCCUUCAGUCUCGGCCAAUCACGGGCAGAGGCAGAGGGAGAGGGUGGUGGGUGGGGCUACCCAGAGCUCAAAGGCCGGAAACAGUUGGGCUGCUUCAGGAACCAUGGCAACGUCCUCCACAACGUCACACCUCUCACAGGUAUCGACAGCAGGCGCUUCCCUCCUGGGCAGCCCCUCUGCUCUGCCGCUGGGCUUUGGGAUGCUGGGAGGCCUGGUGCCAGUCUCGCUGCCCUUCCAGUUCCCGCCGUUGCUCAAUUUCAACCCUGCCGGAGCCCCAGGGAUUGCUGGCAUGGCCUCAGCCCCCAGUUCCAACUCAGGAUACACCAUAGCACAGAGUGACCUGAUAGAUCUGUAUAAGAGUCUCCAGUCAGGGUCGCAGGCUGCUCUACCUCCUCACUUGCAGCUUGCUUUCUCAGAUGCGAACCAAAGCCAGGGUGGAGACAUGAAGAGGAAACCCCACUGACUAAUAACCGCACAGGAGGCCCCCACCGGCAGGGUGACAUCACAGCCUCCUGGACACAUCCACCAAUAGGAAUCUUCACUUUGACUGAUACAGGACGAGAGGGCGGGGCUCCACUGCCUCUUUUAUAAAUGGACCUAAAGCAGAAUCAGUUUAUCGGAGUGGCAAUGAUUCAUUAUUUUAACUGUAUUUUCGAACCGGGUAUGAGAACAAGGCCGAGUGAAUGACGAGAAAACCUUUUUAUUUUUGUUCAGUUUUUUUUUUUUUGUCAACAUGUUUACAUAUGACCGACCUGGAUCACUGUGGAAUGCGCGUGAGCGAGGUGGUGAUACAGAUUAGAGUAGUAGUAUGCUAAUAUAAGUUGUAUUUAAGCUUAUGUGAAAUAACCGGACGUGUUCUUGCAGUACAAAAAAAAAGAUUAUUUCAUUGUCUUUUGGUCUCAGAUGUGGGAAACUUAGUGUCCGUAGAAACUUUAUUGUGGUCACCUCUGCUCCCACAAAUGACUGUUAAGUAGUAGCUUGAAUUGAUAUAUAGAUAAAUUAUUUGUAAUUUACACAGGGACAAAAACAUGUUGUGUGUGUGUGUGUGUGUGUGUGUGUGUGUGUGUGUGUGUGUGUGUGUGUGUGUGUGUGUGUGAGAGAAUCAGACACUGAGAGAGAGAGAGAGCGUGCGUGGUGAAGUUGACUUGAGUGUGUAUGUACAUAAAAAAACACAAUAUACUGUUAAUCUCUUUCCAGAUGAUUCUGUAUGGCUGGGCCGAGGCGCGUACCUUCUCGUCACAAUAAUGAGCGAGCGUAAGUUUGAUGCCCCUCUCUUGCUCAGUGUGUUUUGGUGCUGUUUAAUCACACUGGACCUUUUCUGGAAAAAAGACUUGAAUUGAGAAAGUUUUGGGCUCUUGUGAGGAGAGGAGCCUCCUGUGAGAGAGGGGAAACACGUCAAGAUUGUAGCCUACUUUUGUUUGUUUUUUUAAAGCUAAAAUGGAUCUAUUUUCUUUCUCUGCUUAUUAACUCAAUCCAACUUAAUAUAACACAACGCCUUAGUUUGUAUUGAAACGUAUGAAGAAGAUCUAUGCAGGACUGUAAAACGCUCAAUGCAAAAGUGCAAGUCGUCGCUUGGCUUUCAGCCUCUACUCAACUAGUCGGUGCGUCUCUGGAGUUGUAAAUGUUUGUAGAUGUCCUGUCGAUCAACACUUUUUCUGGGGCGUGUUCAGACAGAUAGGGAAGCAAAUGCUGUGACCGGUUUGUACACAAAGUCGAUUGAAAGAAGCGAUUCGGUGUUAAAAUUGUGGGGGAAAAGUUUUCCCGCAUUCGCGUCCUGUCGUUCAAACAGUCAUUGCAAGCAGCACGAGACUUUGGGGGGAAAACAGAAUCGAGGACGGCUGACGUGGACGACGUCGCCCUCUUUGUUAAUCACUUACAAAACACAAACCGUUUGGAACAUGGCUGCAAACUCACAACCUCUUGCAUCAACGUAUAGUCCAAUAUUAACACUAAAUUGAUUCAGCUAAUCCGGUGCAGCUUCAUGCUGGCGUGGCGCUGACCUCUCUGGAAUGACGUGACGCGUCACUGCUCCCACAGAAUCAGUCGUUGUGCCAAAAUGCACUUUUCUGUCUGAACAAACCUGCAGAGAGAGAUUACCUCCGUUAACUAAACCGUUCUUCCUGAGUCUCCCGUCCCCACCCGACUGGUUCCUCCACGUGUGUCCGUCUGACCAGCUGCACCGAGAAUGGCGCCAAAGAUUGUUCUGUAGCUCACUUAGAUGGGGUGCGGCUGGUCACUGUGCGCCUGUGAUUACACCCCCCCCCCCCUCCCCCCCAUGAGUGUCUAUGUGUGGGCCUUCAGGAUGUCAUUGUGAAGUCAUGUGACUGGAGCAGUGGGGAGACAUCUUAAAAAUUGUGCCUUGUUUGGGGAUCGGGGAGGAUAAAAAUGACAUUUCAUGGUUAACUGGUUACUUAAUUUGGUCUUUUGUAGAUUAUUUUUGUGUGUCAAUUGUUAAAUUAAACAAAACUGGUGGUUUUCAUGACAA